CCACAGCUCCUUCCUUAUAGAAGGGCGGCUGCGGGACGGACUUCUCUCUCAAAGUUUCCGGGGAGGGGGAGCUGUAGCUUGCUUAUUUCUGUGGCUAUUUCUUACCGUGUUUGUUCUGAAAGCUGCCGAAUCCCAGCGCCAUGGAGGUAGCAAUGCCUAAGGACCUGCAACAGGACGCCAACCUAGCCAAGAGGCAAUACAUGGAGCUGUGCAGGCAGGGACGGGUCUUCGAUGCCAGGAACAGGAUCAUUGGGGGAGACACACAUGCCUGGGAUGUCCAAGUUCAUGACCAGAAGAGAAGAAAAGCAACUGAAAGAGCUAGGCACGAAACCUUUGCUGCUGAAAUGAGGCACAAUGACAAAGUCUCCUGCAUACUACAUGACCGGGAACGAAGAGACAGGCAGCAACUCUGUAGAGCUAUCAAUGACUUCCAGCAGAGCUUUCAGAAGCCGGAAACUCGCCGUGAAUUUGAUCUGUCUGACCCCCUGGCCCUUAAGAAAGAUCUUCCAGCCCGGGUGUCAGACUGUGACAUGCGGAACACCAUGUCAGGGAUGCAGAAGUUCAUGGGAGAGGAUUUAAACUUCCACGAGAGGAAGAAAUUCCAAGAGGAACAGAACAGAGAGUGGUCUCUGCAGCAGCAAAGAGAAUGGGAGAGAGCCCGGGCACGGCACAAGCUUGCAGAAGACCUCCACACUCAGACAAGACUAAAGUUUGAUGAAACAGCCAGAGACUUGCAGAAGCUGGAAGGCUCCACCAGGAAGGAAUUCUGUGCAGCCAUAAAAGAGUUCAACAAGAAGCAGGCUAUGGAGUUGGCAGAAAGGAAGCGGCAAAUGAAGCAACAAGAGCAGGAAGACAAUAUGACUGAGAUCACCAACCUGCUGCAUGGAGACCUGCUCUCUGAGAACCCACAGCAGGCAGUCAGCUCCUUUGGGCCUCGCCGUGUGGUCCUUGACCGUUGGAAGGGCAUGAACCGGGAGCAGCUGGAAGAGAUCCGCUUCACACAGAAACAGCAAAUCCAGGAGAAGCUGAGACUUCAGGAGGAAGAGCGCCAGCGCAUCAUGGACUGGGACCGACGCAGGAUCCAGAAGGCUCGUACCAGCCUGCUGCAUGAGCGGCAGCAGCAGCGCCUACAGCGGGAACUGCGCAGGGCCCUGGACUGUAGCAACCUCAGGCUGGCCAGGGAGCAAUAUUUACAGAAAAAGCAAGUGGAUGCAGCCUUCUCAAGCCAACCCACAGAAGAUUAUUUCUUACAGUUUAAUACAAGAAGCCGUUAAUCGAAAGACUCUCCUUUUCU